AUGGCGUCGAGCAAUACUCGAAGAAGUAGUAGCAGUUUUUCUGAUAGCGGUAUUAGUGUUAGUACUGCAGGUACAACAGUUAAUCAACGGUAUGCAUGUUACUGGACAAAUCAAUGUCAAGGACACCAUGAAUUAGACCAGUGUCAAGAUCGACGAAAUCAAUUACGAGGUAAAUUGGGCAUAUAUUAUAGUCCAGUUGCAAGGUAUAAUCGAUAUGUUCGUGAUGAAAUAAAUAACGUAUCAUUAGAAUUUAAUCCAACAGGAUGUACAAUGGUUCAAUUAUUAAUCUAUAAAAUAGAAAAGAAUGAGAAAUGGUUAUUAUUUGUUAGUAAAUCAGUAAAAGAAAAACGGCAACACGAUCGAGAAGAUGUUAGCCGACAAUUGUUAUUAACAUUUCCAUCGUCAAAUCCGUGUCGAAGAGAUGAACAUCAAACACAAGUGGCUGAAAGAGCAUUAAGAACUAUUACUAAUGAAAAUGAAAUUCUAUUAAAUUUACGAUCACGUCUCAAACGUUUUUUAUUUGUUGAUGCUAGUAGUAUUUAUCCAUUAUAUUUGACUAACGAACAAGCAGAUCUUUUAACUGAAAAAUUCUCUCCAAAUGAAGAAGUUGCUUCUCUUCAUUGGUUUCGUUUAUCUACUGUUCUUAGUCAAUUACCAGAAUGGAAUAAUUACUUAACUAGAGAAGCAAUUGGAAAAGAAUUAGCACAAGUACGACAUGAUGAUCAGCGUGGUAUUAGAUUAAGUGAAGAAAAUGAGGCGGGUACAUUAUGGUCAGUCACAGCAUUUUGUCUGAUGUGCAUAAGAAAUCAUGUGGGAUUUGAAGAUUUCCUUAAACUAUGA